AUGUUGGACUCACUUGCUUCGAUAUUAAGAACGAAUUACGAUGAAGUAGUGUCUUGCGUAAAGCUAUUUUCCGCACAUGUGGAUUUUCUUGCAGUUGGACACAAUUCUGGACGCUUUGUUCUUAUUCGUUUUCCUUCACUGCAUCCCCAUUCCAGGCGCAAGUUGGAACAGUCUGUACAAUUGUGCCAACACAAAGGAUAUAAAAUUACUUGUUUGGAAUGGAAUCAGGAUGGAACAAAGGACAUCGGCAUGCUAUUUGUUUACAAGGAUUGUACUGCAUCUCUCAUUCUUUCUUCGAAUGCUUGCUUACAUCUUAUCGAUAUUAUUGAUGGUCGAAUCAUUUUCACUCGUGAUCUCGACGAAACUAAAAUGCAGCCCAAUAAUGUUGAACAUCUCUGAAAAACAAAGUUACUCUUAUUCACAAAUGAUUCGGAACUUCGACUCAUCGUUUCUGAGGAGAUCAGUGAGAAAUUAGCUUCAUCAGAGAUCUUAAAUAUUGCGAUCGAUUCUGAUCCGUAUAACGCAACAUUCUUCUUCUUAACAGAGGAUCGACGAAUUUUUCGUAUUUCAUCUAUAAAAGCUCCUGAUUCUCUCACACGUGCUAGUGAAAUAGCACAGGAUGAUAGUGUUUGGGCUCUUUUGUCUUCAUUGCAGAAGACAACGAAACUUUUGCCAUAUGCACCAACGAAUGCAAUUUUGAAGCGUUUGAAACCAUCUGCAGAUUCUGCUCUACUGCCUUUACGAAACCUUCAGAAAACUAUUCCUGUAUUUAAUAACAUUAGGAAAUCUGCAGAAUUAAUUAACUCAAGAGAGAUAAGUAAAGGUGCAACCGAUAGUUUAGCAAAGCCUGUUGAGGCUGAGAUUUUGGCAUCACUGGAAGAAUCAGAUAUUUCAAGAAAUGAUCGAUUUGACAAGGUCAAAAUACCAAAUGGUAAUGAAUUAUUUCUGAAUUCAAAGCAAGAUGUGGAAAUUAAGUAUAGUGGCAACAAUCACUGGUUAAAUGAUUUGGCACAAAAAAUUUUGGAUGCAUUGGGCACUGUGGAUAAUAAUGUAAGUGAUGGAAUCAUCUCACUGCCUCGGCCGGAAAUUGGAGAUUCUUCUUUCACCGAGGGUUCAAUAACCAAUCAAGAUGCACUCGAAAUAAAUGAAUCUGUUGAAACAGUUGCUGUAAACCGAACUGUUAAUGCAAUGAACAGAAAAUUCAAAAUCAAUAUGCAAUCGGAUGACGAAAAUAACAUAUACUCAUCGAAUGUUUCCUUAAAUAUGAUUGACGAUCUCUCUCCACUCGAAGAAUGUGUUCUGGAUGUUAUUAAAAAAACAUUGACGGAUGCGGAGGUAGGUUUGGUUAAUUCUUCCUCACUGGGCGACAUAGCAAAAGAAGCAGAAAAAGAGGCAUAUUCUAAUUCAACAGUGGAAAUCUUAGCGCCUUAUCUGAACCAAAGUCUUCAACUAAUUGAUGUAGAACGUAUAAAUAAUAGUCCGAGGCCAUCCUUUGAUCGUAAUACAGCGAAUAGUGCACAAGAUUCCGGCGAACUAUUUUGGAGGAUUAGUGGAGGAAUCGCUUAUGCGCCAUCACAUAGGACUGAAUCUUACGAUAAUCAUGUCAAAUGGGAAGUAGUUGCUAAUGAAGGAGGUGGAAUAGUUGAAGUAGCGCUGACAUCAAAUUCUGCAUGUGAAAGAAUUUCGAUAUCUUCUAACCUAGAAAAACUUAUAUCAAAUGUUAUCAAGGUAUAUGUUCAAAUGCGUUUACCUGAAAUGGGUAUAAUAAGUCGUUGCGAAACACCUUGGCCUGUUAAAGGCAUAACGGCAAGCGAUUCUGCAGUUUGGACAAUAAGAUCGAGUAAUGGUCAUUUAGUAGUGCGAGCGGGAUUAAAAUAUUGCCCUACCGGUUACGACUGGAUUGAAGCUGAGCCUGAUGGGCCAUCAUUUUUGCUAAGUGUCUGCCUGUAUGAUCGAAGUGGCUGGGCGCUUGAUACCGAUGGUCAUUUGUGGUUUACAAAUGGCGUUAGUUUUGAAAAUCCAUUUGGUUCAUCCUUUUCUUGGCUUCAGGUUAUUAUUCUGAUAACUUUGGCUUUUUAUUAUGUUGGUAUAUUGAAGGUUUUUUGUCCUUGGGAAGGAAUAUUGGAAACUUCAAAUGUUCGAUUCUCAUGCUGCAGUAUUCGCGUUUCUUCUCAAGGAGUCUUUUUAUGCUUUGGUCGGAAAAUUUAUUGGAUAUCCAGCAGAACUCCUGUCUCUGGUCAUCGUUUCAAACAUAUUGUCCCUGAAAGACUGGCGACAAAUGAUUAUUUUGAAAUGAUAUCAGCUGAUGUUUCUGGAAAUAGUGAUGAUGGAUAUAUUUUAUUAUGCAGAAAUAGUGAAUUAUUCAUCUACCGAAUGAGAACCAGCAAUUUUUACUCCUUGCCGACCUUCACAUUAACAUUUCAAAACUCGGUGAAACAACUAUCCUUCCUGAGUCAUUCCGCUUAUGUAUUAGAUUCAUCUGGCUGUAUUAAUGUCAAAACAAAUAUUUGCGAUGUUACACCUUAUGGCGCAGAAUGGAAAGUGCUUAACACUGGAUCUUAUGGCUCUCCUAUUAUAUCAUUUGCCGUCAGCACCAUAUCUGUUUGGGUGCUGACCUCAGAUUCAGUUAUUUGUAUGUGCUCAAAUAAAAGUCUUUCAUUUAAAAAUGAAGAAUGGAAAUCAAUCAGGCUUCCACCUGGGGAUAAUAUCGACCAGAUGAUUUACGCUAUUUUCUCUGUUAAGAUUCGUGCUUCCUCUUCUGGUUCAUAUGUCUGGAUAUUUUCCUCAAGCACUGGACGUGCUUGGUCUAGAGCUGCAAUAAGCGAGUUGUUUCCAUUUGGCAAAUCAUGGACUGAGGCAAGUAAUACUUCUGUUUUCGAUUUGGCAGUUGGUUGUUCAGUUGUGUGGUCAUUAUCUUCAAAUGGACAGUUACACAGAUUACAUGGUUUGACGCACAGUAAUCCAGCUGGCAACUACUGGAAACCAUCUUUUGCUAAAUUAAAAGCAAUUUCUAUCGAUCACAAAGAUCGUCUAUGGGCUGUCGAUUAUGAUAAUCGAUUAAUUUUUCAUAGGAUGGAAUUGUUCUCUUUUGCGAAUCUAUCCACACAACGCCAAGAUAGUUCAGCUAGCGAUUUUUUUAUAGUAUAA